AUGUCGAACGCGGCAAAGACGGCAAAGGUGUUGGAGGCGCUUGUGGCGCGGUGGCCUCGCAUUGCGGGCCGCGACGGCCGAAGCAUCGCAGAGAAGCUCACCUCCGAAUACAAGACGCGCAUGGUCAAGGCAGCCAGCGGCGAAGACGCGUGGGCCGUGAAGCGGGAGCUGCAGGCCAUUGAGGAUUUGCUCGAGGACAAGUUCAGCAAAGAGUUCCCACGCCAGGAGAACACCAACUUUUCCGGCGACCUUGGGCGCAAGUGGGGCUAUUCACAACUCUCAUCAGAUGCACAAAGCGAGUUCAACAAGGAAGGCUUCUUUGCGCGCAUGAUGAAGCGGAAGCGCCCAGCAUCUUGA